CACGUCGUCACAUAGGCUAAGUGUGGAUACGUGUAAAACAGGGCAGGUCAGAUGUUCAAAACGACAGCAGGAACUGCGGAUUUAAAGUAGGAUGUCUAAAACCACUGGGUUUUAGAGGACAUGAACGCAACUGUGUGUGCAUGCUCAGAAGAAUCACCGGAGAACUGUCGAGGUGAAUCUUUCGGAAUAUCGAAACGAGUGCAGAAAACAUUCAUUUGAAAGGACAGGGGCAGCACGUGAGUGAUGACAAACUUUGCGACGCCGAUCUCAACAAGGAACUUUAACGCGACUAUUUCAGAGCGUCAUAAUAUGACUCUAAUGUGCUCUAAUAUGAAUAUAUUUUGUGUCUAAUAUGUCUUUGAGUGUAAAACCGCGGAAGUUUGCCAGGACAACAGAGUUUAGUUUAGGUCAUACGGCAGAAAUGUUGCCACGCAGUCGUUUUUGAGUUCGGGAUGCCCUUCUGUGGUUACAUUCACACACUCAGUGUUUGGCAUUAACAGCAUUCUGUAACGAGUUUUCUGCUCCCAAAGUGUCUUUUUACAGCAGUCGCGAGGGUAAUGAACGUCGUCUCUCUAAGUCCAGGUAAACCACAAUCAAAUCCCGUUUUUAUUAUCGCGAUAGCGUAAAUAACGCUUGUAACCAUAGCGACAGAGUGGUUUCAUUUCAGUUCUGCCGGUCAUUUCGUGCUACGUUCGCGGAUUCUCUGAUGUUGUUGAAAAGUCACAUCUCUGUUUAUAAUUCGUUUCCGUCUUUUUAAUAUUCAGGUAGUCAUAUUAAAAAAUGUGGAUUCACUCUCUUUCAGAACCGAACUGAGCGUGAACUGAAAAUACUUGAAAAGAAUUCAUAGUAACGUUACUAAAAUGAUGAAGUUUAGGAAGUAUUUAAGGGGCAGGGGGAGGGUCUUGGCUUUUGUGUUUAUCGCGUCUGUAAUCUGGCUCCUUUUUGACAUCGCAGCAUUGCGGAUAUCAAUUAUUAAUGAUGUGAAUCAGGAUCUUAAAGAGAGAGAGAUUGUACUAAAACAGGGAAGGAGGAAAGACGAUGUAAAGGAUGUGCUCGAACACCCCCUGCAAAAAGUAAACAUAGACAAAAAGGAGUUUUUGAAAAACAGCAACAGGUUAGAAAGGAAAGUUGAUAAGGUUUACAGAAAGAGGCCGAUGGUGUGGCCAGAAAAUCAAGCUGAGUUAAAACAAGACAAACAUCUGAAUCCAAUGUCUAUGGCUGACAAGUCUUUUGUGAAACAAAAUGAGUUAAUUAACCAAAGUAAAGUGAAUAUAAUUGUGAACUCACUUGUUAGGGGAACAAUUAUUAGCAUCCCUGAAAAAAUAAACAAGACAAAAACUGUUAUUAAUGGCAAAGUGAAGAAUAUAACCACAAAGAAAAACAAAAUAAAAGCUGUUUUUAAUGAACAGACAGAUGCAAAUCUAGAUGUCAAAGCACAUUUACUUACUAAAGCACUGCCUGCUGUCCAGGAGAAAGUGCAUCCUCCUGCGCUCAAAGAAAACAGUGUGAAAAAAGUACAUCAUAUUAAUGGCACAGUAGUGAUGCCACACAAUGAAGUACAUGUAAAUGCGGGUUUACAAAGGAACUUGAGCAAUGAAUUGCUGAAACCAGCAGAGGGUGAUAAACCGAAGAACAUUAUUGAAAAUUCAGAGAAACAUGGCAGUACUUUCAACAAAACGAAACCAGAUAUUAUUCAAAUACCAAGUGAACUUAAGGCUCAGCACCCAACAGAUGAGGCAUUACGAGUACCGCAGCCUACAAGUGUGCGGGUGAGGAGGUCAGGAGGGCAUCAUAAAGUUAUGGCCCUAGAUGUGACAGACAGGCCCAGAGAUCCCACAGCGGUGGGACAGUUUGGCCAGCCUGCAAGAGUUCCCAGAGAUAAAGAACAGGAGAGUCGAAGACGCUGGAGUGAAGGAUUUUUUAAUGUAUUCCUGAGUGAACAGAUACCAAUAGACAGAGCCAUCCCGGACACCAGACCUCAAAUAUGUUCAGAAAACAUCGUUCAUGAUGACCUGCCCAAUACCAGUGUGAUCUUCUGUUUUGUGGACGAGGUUUGGUCCACUCUGCUGCGCUCGGUGCACAGUGUGCUCAACAGGUCUCCUCCACACCUGCUCAAAGAGAUCAUUCUGGUGGACGACUGCAGCACCAAAGACUACCUGAAGGAGCAGUUGGAUGUGUAUAUGUCUCAGUUCCCUAAAGUACAAAUCAUCCGUCUGAAAGAGAGACAAGGCCUAAUCAGAGCCAGAAUUGCAGGGGCCGCCGCUGCUACUGGUGAAGUGUUGACAUUCCUGGACUCUCACGUUGAGUGUAACGUAGGUUGGCUGGAGCCACUGUUAGAAAGAGUUUACCUGGACCGCAGAAAAGUGGUCUGUCCUGUUAUUGAGGUCAUCAGUGAUAAGGACAUGGGUUACAUGCUUGUUGAUAACUUCCAAAGAGGCAUUUUCAGAUGGCCGCUGGUGUUUGGCUGGAGUGCACUACCAGAGGAAUUUAUUAGAAAGAACCAGAUCAAGGAUUCAGACCCUAUCAGGUGUCCUGUUAUGGCAGGGGGUCUUUUCUCUAUAGACAAAAGCUAUUUCUAUGAACUGGGGGCGUAUGAUCCAGGCCUGGAUGUCUGGGGUGGGGAAAAUAUGGAAAUCUCUUUUAAGAUCUGGAUGUGUGGAGGCGAGAUUGAAAUCAUCCCCUGCUCACGUGUCGGCCACAUCUUCCGUGGUGAUAACCCUUACAAGUUCCCUAAAGAUCGUGUGAAGACAGUUGAGAGAAACUUGGCCAGGGUUGCAGAGGUGUGGCUGGAUGACUAUAAAGAGCUGUUUUAUGGCCAUGGCUACCACCAUCUGCUGGACAAAAGUGUGACUGAUAUAGGAAAUCUGACAGAACAGAUUGAGCUGAGAAAAAAACUCAAGUGUAAAAGCUUUAAAUGGUACUUGGAGAAUGUCUACCCAGACCUGAACGCCCCUCUGGUUAAAGCAGAAGGACUGAUUUUCAAUGUUGGAACCAGAAAAUGUUUGGUGCUUCAAAAUGACAUUUUAUUUUUUGAUAAAUGUGAUCUCACAAAUAAGAGUCAACACUUCAGCUACACCUGGUUAAGGAUGCUUCGACAGAACACUUCCUGUUUGGCUCCUCAGGAAAAACAGAUUAUCAUGGAACCAUGUGACAGCGCAAAGCCACAUCUCCGCUGGAUGCACAAGUCUGGUAAAGGUUUGACGGAGCAUGUGAUGAUGGAGGGUCAUUCCCGACCCAUUUGCCUGGAAGCUGGAGUUAAAGCUGACAGCAUCUUCCUUAAGGACUGUGAUACUGUCAAUAAUUUUCAGAAAUGGCAGUUUACACACUACUAUGCUGAGUGAGAUGCUCCAGAAUAUCACUCACAUAUUGUCGAUAACAACUUUCACCUCUGUGCAUAGAUUUCUAAUUAUAUAUAUAUAUAUAUAUAUAUAUAUAUAUAUAAUAUAUAAUAUAUAAUAUAUAUAUAGCAUAUGUGUGGUUUGAUGAGAGUCCACUUAAUGCACUUUGUGUAAUACAGAUAUGGUUUUUGACAUUCUGUAUCAUAAGGGUUUGAGGUUCACAUCAGGGAAUCAGGUCUUCUCUUUUGGUUAAUACAGGUUAUUUGUAUUUUAUGAUUUCCUUGGGAAAUACUGGUAUGGAUAGCAAAUGAUACACGGGGGAUUUUCUACAACAAAAAAACAUUUUGAAGUACCCUUAUAAUAUUUUCACAAUAAAGUUAUUGUUGCUUGUAAA